CAGUGUGCCACAGAGUUCCAGCUCAGCAACAGUUAACCGCUUCAGUCUAUGGCUCCAUCACACAUUUCUGCCACCAAGAUGAGGAAUCUUCUUUUUGUGGUUGCUCUUGGACUUCUUGCUGUUGUCCACUCAACACCUGUUAAUAAUGUGAACCAGGAUGACAUUUAUCGAGAGGCCGAAACAGAUGGGUACCUCGUCGAUAACCAUUUGAAAACUUCAGUUACAACCCAGUCACCCAAAAGGAUCUUAACCAGUCAGGCGUCCCAGCAGCCGUCCUCUGAGUCCGAAAAGAGUGAGACGAUUGAGGGCAGUGGUGCAGGUGACAACGACGAGUCCAUGACCUCCGUGUUCCACCAGCAUGGAGGCAAACAUCUUACAACCACAACUUUGAGUGCAAAGUUGCUCUCACAUGCUCAGAGCUCUACCUCCAAAGUGCUGCGAAGGCACACCGAUGACUCCAGUGUGCCUGAUGUCAUUGUCUCCAUCUUUGACUCCCUGGAAUCUGGGUUCGGGUCUGGAGAUAAAGGCAUAUACAAUGAGGAGAUUCAGUACGAUGUUAGCGUCAACACAAAAAUGGGCACUUCAACCUCCACGACUGCUCACAUCAGACACAAUACUCCACAAUCGUUUGAAGAGAAUGAAGGCUCGGGAUCAGAUUCAUUCAUAGAAGAAGUUAUAACCAGAACUGUUCAAGAACCACAAGUGAAAGAAAAUGUCAUGCUUGCGUCACCACAGAACAACACAGCACACAGUACACCAGGUUGGAUCAUCAUCGUUGGUUUUAUUGUUGGUGUUGCGGCACUGGUAAUGCUCUGCGUUGCCAUCGCUACCAGAGACAAGUGGAAUGGCCCAAAACACGUAUCCCAGCUGGAGACCAAAACCAACCCCUCAAACCAGCAGAUGGAGCUAGAGAUGGAGACAUUCCUGCACAAAGACAAGCCCAAGGAGAACGGAAAGGCCGCAGAGUACACAGUCAUCCCCCUGGAUGAGCUUCCCGAGAAAUGUUCAGCACAGUGAGGUUCAGAAACAGACUCUGGAGGCUUGAGACUCAUCGCAGAACCACAGGACUGUGUUUGAAGCACAUGAACUGGAUCAGAGGAACAAAGCUGUCGGGUCAGGCUAAAGGUUUCUGUGGACUUUCACAGCUACGGGCCCAGUCUGACCGAAAAUCUGGUUUUUCCACCCUCACUUUGAAAUUACAGCAAUAUUUUAUGGUGGUUUAUGGUUAAGAUGCACAAAUACCGUUUAUUUCAAACACAGCUGAAAAGUCUUUACAGUGUUUUAUUCCCUCUGUUUUCAGUGUAUAUAUAUAUAUAUAUAUAUAUAUAUAUAUAUAUUUGAACUCACAGGUCUGUUAUUGAACACAUGAAAAUGUCUUUUGUGAUAAUAUUAUUUUAAAUCUCUUUGUAAUAAUAUUAUUGACGACCGUGUUGUGGAUUGUAACUUAUAUUAAGCUGCUCCGUUUUCCCCACAUUCAUUGUGGAAGCUCAGUACUGAACAGUGCUCGGCCCACUAACUCAUUAGCGCCUCUUGACAACCUACACAGCACUUCAGCCGCUGCAUCGUGCACUUACUGAACGUUCACAUGCUGUACGCCCUCCUCCGAGAAAUAAACACAACGGCAGCUCAUCAAUAAACAUUUAUUUGUUUCCAUUCAUAUUUACACACAAGUAUUAAAAUAUUUACACACUUUCAGCCCAUUUGCCUGACAAAUAUGUUUGUGCAGUGUUAUAGUUUAUUUAGUACAAGUGAAUUCAGUCCUGCUUGCAUUUAGUCAGUCAGUGAAAAGAGGGUUUGCAUUACAGAUGCAAAGAAAAUGAAAAUAUUCUUGGACCAAUGUGUGCAUAAAAUCAAAAAGAAAGAUAGAAAAUAUAAGUUUAAUAUCUAAAGAUUUUACAAUUUCACAUGUUCAUAGAAAACACUUCCUACAGCAGGCCCGUUGACUAAGAACAUAAUGUUAUGUAGAUCAAGGCCCAACAACAAACGAAACAGAUGGAAAAAGUGACGUCAGGAAUAUACAGAUAAUGGGUUUUUGACAUAAAUCAGGGUAUGCUGGUAAUCACUGAGGAAGACUGCCUUCCAUUUUGGAGGUGCUUGAGCCAAACACAAGGUGGCUUGUUGAGGCGUCACAACAUGCAGACAUGCUGCAGCUGCCAGCACCAACGUUCCACGCACAUAAAAUUGCCUUAAAUGUCCUAAUAACCCUUAAAUAACAUUCACUCAUUAAACAAGUGAAACAUACUGGGCUUUCUUCCCAGACAACCAUUUGGGGCUCGGUAGUUUCUCUCAAAAACAGAUAAAUUGAAUGCAUUGUUUGCAAAUAAAUAACCCUAAAUUCACACCCUAUUGAGAUGACUAGCGGCGCAUAAAAGGAACAUUAACAUCAUACUAACAUUGUUAGAUAUAUAUGCUUAUAGUCUUUAUAGAAACCUUUAGCAUAGCAAAAACAAUUCUGAUAGAUUACAUAAAAUGUCAAAUUCUAUGCAUUUGAUUUAUACACUUUAUCUAAAGAGAGUAUAUACACAAAGUGCAAGGAGGCACUUUAAACAUGAAUAUAUAAGCUGUUGCUUAUAUGAAAAGAGAAAUAAAUAAUCCCAUUUUCACCUACGUUUGAACAGAGUUGCUACACAGACUUGAACUCAUAAACAUGAACUUUUUCAGCCAAUGACCUUGUUGAUGCGGCUUCAGAUUGAUGCGAGUGCAGGAGGCAGAAGUUAGUGUGCACUUGCUAAACAGACGUAACCGCUGAUUAGCUCUACAUGCAGGUGUGUUACUUAUAUGUAGAUCUGCUGUGUAAACUCUGCAAAACCUAAGUAAUGUCCUGUCAGGAAGGCCCAGCCGUCCUGGCUCUGAGUGCAGUACAGCUGGAGGGUGGAGAAACUUCUUCAGCUAAAAUGUGAGUCUCAGCAAUCUAUUGAGAUGAAUUGCGGUAACUUUUAUCCAGGAACGUGUUACUCAUCACACUGACUGCACUCUGCAGUUGACGUCGUCAAGGCAAGGUUGUCAUUAU